ACCACUCGCACUCUCGCAGCAACCAACCAACUCGAUCUGCCUCCCUUGGCCACCACCAUUUGAAUGUGAGAAAGAGAGGGAAACUGCCGCCCAGGCAUCUAUCUAUCUAUCCGUCGCCGCCGGCCAUGCCGAGAUCCUCCUCCACCUCCUCCAACUCCAACCCCGGCUCCAAGCGGAUCCUGGGGAGGGCGAUGGCCACCAUCCUGGCGCUGCCGCUGACACCGAUCUCCAAGGCGAAGCUGGGCCUGCUCCUCUUCAAGAAGCGCGCGUCCUCCGCCGCCAGGCGCCGCUGCUGCUACAACUACAAGCCGUUCCGCCACUACAACUACGCCUACGUGGGGGAGUACCAGUUCUCGCCCUCCCACUCCCCGCUCCUCCCGGCCCCGCCGGGGCCCCCCGGAGUCACGGCCUGGCGGAGGGCCAGGGCCGCCGCCAAGAGGCGCCGGAGCAGGGCCAGGGUGAUCCUCGCCUCCCUCUUCUGCGGCGGUGACGAGCUCGACGUCGCCGUGCUCGACGGUCUGCAGCCUCGUCGGGGCGACGGGGACAGGGACCAGUUGGUGCUCGCCCCGGCUCUCGAGUGGGGGCGCGAGCGCGACGACGAUGCCUACGCCUACAACAACGACGAUGGCGACGAGGAGGAGGAGGAGGAGGAGGCUGAGGUGGUGGUGGACUACGGGGAGGAAGGCGACGAGGAGGUGGACGGCCGCGCGGAGCGCUUCAUCCAGCGGUUCUACGAGGAGAUGAGGCUGCAGAGGCAGCGGUCUCUGGUCCAGCGCCGGCUCUAGACGCCUUCUCGUUUCGUCCGUUGCUACUGUCCAUCGGGUAGAAUCAGUUCUUGAUUGUCGCUGCUAUCUUAGCUGCAGUUCGGUUAAUCUCUUCGUGUUUUGCAUUUUGCAUCGUUCGUGUUACCGUUGUUUUUUUUUAAUCAUGGGGUAAUUCUGUUGUCGAGUCUCUGGUGAGACAUUCGUCUCCCCUGCUGUAGUCUUCCAUUUAGUAUUCAUCUAUCUAUAAUCCAUCCCUGCGAUGUUCGUUUUUGUAGUGUUUUGAGUUUGUACAAUUGUUACAAAAUCAAUGCUUGCUGGUGGUACCUGUUUCUAUUGGCACAAA